AUGCGAUCAAUUUUACCAACUUCACCUAUCAAAGCAUCGUAUCGUGGCUGCUUCGGUGUGCAAAGCGUGCCCUUAAAGAGCCUACAGGCACAGGCGUUCGCCUCGGUCGCGGAUCGCGACGAAAACCAGCAGACAUUGCACAACAAUAGCGCUAAAAGCAAAAAGCAAAAUACUGAAGAGUUGAUCGAGGAAAACAUGGCGCUCGCCUCGGUCGCGGAUCGCGAUGAAAACCAGCAGACAUUGCACAACAAUAGCGCUAAAAGCAAAAAGCAAAAUAUUGAAGAGUUGAUCGAGGAAAACAUGGCGCUCAAGAAAACGAUUGAAACGCUUCAGGCUGAAGCAAAAAAGAAGCCGAACAAUAUAUUGAGCACAUUUCAGAAGUAUGGUCUACCCUUCCUUUUCUGGUGGGUGACGCUCUACUCAGCUUCAGGUGUGACCAUAUACGUGGUACUGGAUACAGGCCUCGUAUCAGGCGCUAGACUUAUCGAUUUUAUCAUGCAACUUGGCCUUGACAAAAUCAUCGAUCCCGCUCGACUGGACCCGACGUACAGCAAUGUUGCCAUUGCGAUAAUCGCUAACGAGUGUCUCGAGAUGAUUCGCUUCCCUAUUGCACUGGCUACUCUCCCUUAUGUCAAGCGUGUCUUUUCUCGCAAGGCUGUAGAGUCGACCAAGUAG